GACCUGGGAAUUUCUAGCGUUAUCUUGGAAUUGGACUGUGCCCCCAUGUUCUCAUCAUCCAGUUUCCCCUGGGGGCCCUUGAAGUCAAUGCCAUCGCUCUGGAGCAUGAUAGAGGAGCAGUUAGCACCCAGCGAGAGACUGGAAGUGAAGACUACCUUGGGAACUGAUCUUGUGGACCACAGCUUGGAGCUUCAUGCUGAGGUAAAGACUCUCUUGGAAUUCUAUCAGGAAUUGCAACUGGACCAUUCUGAGGAAAGGCCUGAUAACUGUAUCUUGCUGGCUGCUCCUGCCCACUUAAAAGAACUAGUAAGAGAGGAGAUUCGACUACUUGUGAUUGGCUUGCAGCAAAAGGCAUUGCAGGAGGGCAGGGACCACGAUUGUGCCAUUGCUAAAUACAACGCACAAGUGAUCAAUUUUGCUUUCAAGACAAAUGCUGGAAGUAAUCGGCCAUCAUCUGGGAGCAACAAUCUCAUCAGGUCAUUGCCCUGUAGGAGCACAAAUGAUUUGGAACCAUAUUCUGAUAAACUGAAUAUAGCUCAGAUCGGCAAGAUAGCCUCUAGACUUAGGACUUUGGUAGAGGAUGAAUGCCAUGUUCUGGAAAGAUACAUUACACAUUUACAGAGCCAACUAGAGGAGGUGCAUCAGAAUGCUACUGAGUUGCAAGACACACUGCAUGAACCCACCCUGGCUGAACUGCAGGAAGAGAAACGUGCCAUGGAGCGGGAUUUACAAUUAAGCCUGCCCAAGUCAUCUCCUAGGCCUCCUUCCCCGAUGUCAAACCAGUUUGGGAAUAGCACCCAUUUGUCUCAACUCAGCCAUCCAAGAGGCUUAGUGAAAGAGCCAGGAUUUGGACAGAUCAAUCCUGCUUCUAAUGAGAUUCCUUCACCAGAUCCCAGGGAUCAGAUUUCUCUACUCUGCUAUCAGCUGUCAUCCAGAAGGAGCCAUUCAACAAAAACCCCUUUGGGAUGGAUGCCUCAAAAGAGGAAGGAUUCCAACCAGGAAAGGAAGGACAGUGACACUAAGCUGCCUACAACACUGGGACUUCCAACUGCUUCAGUUUAUAGGGCAGCAGCAGUAGCAGCAGCAGCAGCAGCAGUGUGGGAACCUGCUUUUCAUCCCGUGCCUCCUACAGAACCUUGUCCUCCGUCUCGCUUUUAUUUCCGUGUUAGAUUGUUGCAAUGUAAAGGACCAAGCUAAGAAGAAAAAAAGAACUUCCUCUUCCUCUUGACAUCUCACCACUUGCUCUGGGGCAACAGUGCCCAUUGAAACCGUAUGCUGCUGUUCCCUAUGCCUGAAAUGGGUUAAUGUUGGUUACUAUUGUCUUUGCUCAUUCUUAUGUUCAAAUUCAUGGAUUCCAAAGGAAGUAACAAGGCCAUGCUAAAUAUCCCUUCUUCUGUACAGAUAAGUGUCCUGGGAGUGCAGCAGUGCCCUUGGGAUCCUUUCUUCUCCUGCUGCUCAUCUCCAUUACUCAGUACAGUAAUUCCAUUAUAACAUUAAAGUAAAGGUAUGGCUCCUCAAAUCGCCCUUCCGAUCCCACAAAAAGAACUGUACAUCCUGCGUUCAGGAAUAUAAAUUUCAUUAAAAUCUAUGAGACUUUAACAAUCUACAACUGGGAGAGUCACAGUAUGGGAGACUCAUACAAUUAUUGCUAUGAACAAUGAGAGGUGGCAGUGGCGGUUGCCACACUCUACAGGAGAGGGAGGGACAGACAUGGAACCAUGCAUUAAAUAGUGCAUUUUCAGUACACAGGAGGGAAAGGAUUGGAUGCUGGAGGCUUAAGGUAAAAAUGCCAUCAUGACACGAAACCAUCUGUCCUUCCCAUCAUCUGUGCACGAUGCAGACAUUUGGCACUUAAACACUGGCCAUUUUGCCCAUGUCACUGGCUGUGGGUAGGGACCAGACGUGCCCUUGCUGUUGGCAUUGUAGCAAUUGUGCAUUCCUGGGAGCUGAGGGAUGCCCCCUACAAGACGUUUGGCAACGGUGUCCCUACAAAAGAAUUGGCAUUGGUGUCUUGGUAUCAUUGCUGCCACAGCAUAAAGGGCAAGGGAGUGGCUGUCAGGACCACUUGUCUCCUCCUCCAAGGCCUUGCUAAGGAUAAAGUGCAGGCAGCAAUGCUGAAAUGGAAAUAUGGGGCAAUGAGACAGGAAGACGCAACAUUUAGUUACCCCUCCAGUGUGAGACCUGGCUUGUUAUGAAGACAUCGUGCUGCCAUGAGAUACUGGUGCUUCUCGCCAAUUUCUUCAUGAUUGCAGCACGGGAUUAGAGGCUCCCAUCCCCACUGGGAAGUGGCGACCCAGGGUCCAGGGCUAACCAGGAAUAGCUUUCAUGGAAGACCAUGCUUUCCCUCAAGUUGCAAGGGCUGGUCUUGGCACAUCAUCUACUCUUAGCACCAUGGUUGGCUUUGCUCCUUCCCCAGAGACUGGGGCAGGGCUAGGUCCCAAGGGUCCCUUGCAAGUAGAGGGACCCUAUUCAAAUUCAUUUGCUCCUCUGAAGGGGAAGAGGAUAAACAAUGGCUUCAGAAGGUCCAUUCCUCAGAAUUCAAGUACAAGCUCCUGCAUAAUUCAGUUGAAUACUUUGCUCCACAACCUCUACACAGUGUGGCAGCAGUUUACGUGAGCUUCCCACAAGUUGGGAUUUUCCUAGAUUUGAAUCAGUCACAUAGUGUCUCUACUAACCAUGUGCAAGGAUGUGUGUG